CAAGGAAGGUGCCGCCGCACGAUGUGACAAGUUGAGUGUCGAGCUUCGACAUUUCCUCAUUCGCGGCAAGACCACACACCUCACUGCGGCUCUCCAAAGGCCUGCGCGAUUGCCUGGGUGAACCAUCAGAGCAUUUCGAGCAGCAUCGCAGGUCGCAAAUGCUGCUUGCUGGAUGGACGUCUCCUCGUGCCUUCCCAAAACCUGGCUGCCACUUCCCCGUCACGGCUGGGACUGUCAACACGAGUACUUCAACCGCCGCAAACCCUCCGUUUCUUCUUCUUCUUCACCGACAGUGGGUCGGUCAAUGUCUUCAACCACCCACUCAUCUCUCCGCUCUCCAUGACUGCCCGCGGCACACCGGCCCCCACCUCGCUCACCUGGGACGCCUACCUCGACGCCUCCCCGCAGUCGACGGACGCCACAGCCGCCCGCAUCAGAGACAACGUUGUCACCAUCGUUGGCAAUUGGGGUGCUCGCUGGCGAGGCGAGUUGAAGGCCGGCGGCCUACUCGUCCAAGAAACACCCUCCUUCCACCUCGCCCUGUCCCUCGCCCGCCUGUCCGCCUUCGAGCCUUCCAUCCCCGCCAUCCUCUCCCUCCUGCCCGACUUUCACGCCCACCAAGCCGCACACCUCGCCGUCGGCCCCAAGCACGUCGACCCGACCACCACGUCUCUCUUCGGUGAGGUCGAGCAACGAGUGACGUGCACUUCCUACCGGGUGCUCAACGAGUUCCUGGACUACCUCAAGUCCAGCGAAGCGGCCCCCCUCCCCUCCUCCGUCACCAACCGGUCUCGUCGUGCGGCGCAGCGCGAUAAGCGCAAGGUUCCUGCCUCGCGUCGCUCCACACCCUCUCCCAGCGGAGCCCGCCAACGGCCAUCACCAGCCUCGCCUGAAGUGGGCCGUGGUCACGAUUCCUCUCUCAUCGACCGCACACUGCUCGGCCCAGAAGAGGAGCCGUCUUUUGCCCAGUCCGGUCUUGACGAUUCGGGUGUGGUCUUCGAUCCCGAGGCCUCCGCUGACGACCUCUCCCUCCCCCUCCCCCUCCCUCGUCCCCACACCACGACCUCUCCCUCCUCCACAGCCUCUCCACCCCCGGCCUCUCCAUCCACCAUGGGCGAAGAUCUCGAACACCUCCUCCAAGAUCGCCUCUGGGCUCAGGUCACCCAACUUCUCUCGACCACGCGCAAGCGUGCCACCCACCUCAAGCUCAAGGCUUCUGAGGCCAAGACCGUCCUCGACGAAGCCAAGGCCAAGGAGGUCGAGGCUCGCCAUGCCAUCGGGAUCGAGUUUGGGCUGCUCGAGCCGACCGUCGACGUUGAGACGCUCGAGAAGGCCAUCGAGGAGCUGAACGACGAGCUCACGGCUGAAGAAGAGCUCCGUGACUUCAAGGCCAAGUACCAGGCUGAAUUCGUGCGCCUUGCAUCCCGCGCCAGAUCAGCAGCGGGUGAAGCCAACGCCCUCGACACCACAGCCUGCGACGAGCAGAUCUCUAGGCUCGAAGCUGAGAUUGAGCGACACGAGGCGGCGGUUGCGUCGCUGAAGGAGGUCGAGGAGAUGGUCGCCGAGAAGGAGGACGAGUGGGUGGCGGCUGCCGAUGCAGUCACGGCGGACAAGAAGAGGAAGAAGACGUUCCAGGAUCUCGCCAAGAACGUCAACAGCGAUUUGCUCUUCAAGGGCGUUGAUGCUGCCCUCGCCGCACGUGGAGAUGAGGGUGAGGGAGACUCGCCUUCUGAAUCUUCUACUUAGUUGUGUAUAUUGUGUGAUAAUCAAAAGCUGAUGAUCUUCCC